UCCUCCUCCUCCUCCUCCUCCUCCUCCUCCUCCUCGUCCUCCGUAGCCAUUUUGGCUCAGGCCUUCGCGGCACUGUUGAGGGCGGGGGCUCCGCGAAGCUCGAUGAGGUUCGGGACUCCGUGAAGGGAUACCAUCUAGAGUACAAAGAGGCGCAAUGGCGUGCUCACGCUGUACGUCGCAGGUGCAAUGCGGUCGCUGGUUCGGCGGAGCGUUUCAGUGGAGAAGCCUUGCGCAGAGCCAAGCCCUUGCUCCCACCUCGUGUCUUCCAGACCGAAAGGCAAGUCAAACGCCACGCUGACCAGCUUCGAAUGGUUGCUCUGAGGUGGGCCCCAUGUCUCCCUCCUGCCGACACUCUGUGUGCUGAGGCCGCUCCCUUCGUGCCGGGUGUGGCUCAUGCGGAUGGUUCUGUCGAGUUCCCAAUUUCUUUCAUUGAGUUUGGCCAGAUAUUGAUGGGCGGUGGCGCUUGUUCUGGGUUGCUGCCCCCUUACGUACGUCCCCAGCGUCCUCGGCGAUGUGGGUGCCUUCUCUGACUAUUUGCGAGAGCAGAUCUUGGCGCUGUGGGCCGCCCUCGCUGCUCAACGCGAUUCUAGUUAUUGGCUGGAGCAGCAUGUAUCCGAGUGUGGCGCUGCCGCUCGGGAGGGUUUGGUGAUUGCAAAGAUGCUUGAGCAGAAGAACGAACAACCAGUUGGGAUUAUUGAGACUGCCAUGCUGUCACCUAUGUCUCGUCUGCAGGUUGUGAAGAACGUUUCUGAUGAUGCGGGACGUUGCCUCGAGGAGCAGGCCCGCGUGAGCGAUGCGAAGCUUGACGUUCUGAUGCGCUCAGUCGCUGUGCUGGGCCAACAGGUUUCCGCUCUCCGUGCCGAGGUCACCGACGAGGUUCCCUCCGUCACGCUCGUCACCGCGAGGCUCGACGCGAAGCGGGGCCUGCUCCGCUGCUCCUGCGCUGAGCUGCGUGGCGCUGCGGAGCAGCAGCUGCUGCUGGCGAAGUCCUGUUGUGACGAGGCCAUCUCAAAGCUGGACGCGACCAAUUCAACGAACUUGAGCCGUCUACUCGACAAGCCUAUGUCUAAGCUGUGGGAUGACUGCCAGCAGCUGGUCAACGUUUCGCGUGGUGAAGUUACGGAGUUCAUGCCACAUGUUCGAGACCAGAUUAUGUUAGAUGCUGCGAAUCAGGCUUCUGGAUGCGUGCGAGAUCAGAUUUGUGGAUUUUCGUCUUCGGUCCGUGAUGACAUCCUUGAAGAUGUGGAGCGACGGUGCAAGGUGCAGAGUUGUCGGAGUGCCAUCUCUGUGACUUCUGACUUGAAGGAUCAGGUCGCUAGCAAUGAUGAGGCCCUUCACAUAUUCGUUGAGAUGGUAAGUCCAAUGCCUCCACAAAAUGCUGAAUUGAUUUCCGAUGCUGUAGGCAUGACCGUCCAACAGAUCGUGGAGUCUGGCAUCAUAAGUACCGCUGUGUGUGCCGAGCUUACCAGUCGGCCGGAGCGGGUUGCACCCGUCCAAGAUAAUCUUUGCGCGGGCGGUCGUCUCCCUGCGGCUUCUUCCUCAUCGCCAUCUUCUUCGGGCUCGCUUUUUGAAGACGAGGAGGCGUGCUCUGUAUGCGGUGGGCUGAGAUUACACGCGUACUCAGGAUUGACUUGCGUCUGCCUGCUUGAAGAGCCGAGCUGGACUUUGUAGCCAGCUCUCUCAAGAUGCUGAUGCCUUCGCUCUGCGUGGACCUUAUGCUGAUCGUGGCGCUGCCCUUCAUGUGCGGCCCGCUGGUGGUCGCCUUCGUGGGCUUCCCGUCGUCACCUUUCCUUGUGCUGCCCUGGGUCGCUCUUGUCCUGCCCUUCUUCGGCUACCUCCCUGGGGUAUCUCUUGCCAUUCGCCUGGCUGUCGCCUCCCGCGGUUUCGGUGUGGUUCGGCUCACUGCGUGAGCGGCGGAUCAGAGUAGAUUCUUCAAUCAGACAGACGUUUCUCUUACGCUUGACUCCACCUCGUCCUCCUGCUCAUCCGCCUUCUCCUCAACCUC